AUCCCGCUAAUCUAAACUCCCCAAUUUACCCUCCCUGGCAGAGCAAACCACCAGAUCUCCCUCCCUGUCCUCAUCAUCUCCAAUCCCCAACAAAUCAAAAAAAACCCGAAGCUGCUGCUGCUAAAUUGCUGAUAAAUUUCCAACAAUUCGAAUACAAAGAGGCCCUAAACAAACAAAACGAUGCACAAAACAGCGCAGGCCUGGUUCAGUGGCCCAAGCGCGAGCGGCGAUGAUCUCCCGAACCAAACGCCAUCUCUACUCGCUGAUUGGAACGCCUACGCCGCCUCUACACGAGCUCCCGAAGAAGACGAUCCUUCCGCCCUAGGUUUCGAUCUCGAGGCCGCCGUCAGAACCGCCAACGACAAAGUCUCCGGUACUUUCAACGUGGUUUCGAAAGGUGUGCGGGAUAUACCCGGAAGCUUCCAAUCUAACGUUCCUUCAGGAAAAUCUCUCUUGUACUUCGGUUUACUCCUUGCUUCAGGGGUAUUUUUUAUCUUCAUCGCGUUCACCAUGUUUCUCCCUGUUAUGAUGUUGAUGCCUCAGAAAUUUGCUAUCUGUUUCACUAUUGGAUGUGCCUUCAUCAUUGGUUCAUUCUUUGCGCUAAAAGGACCUAGAAAUCAGCUCGCCCACAUGUCGUCUAAAGAGAGACUACCGUUUACUUUGGGAUUUAUUGGCAGUAUGGUAGGCACAAUUUAUGUCUCGAUGGUGCUGCACAGCUACGUUCUUUCAGCGCUGUUCUCUGUUUUACAGGUUCUUGCACUUUCGUAUUAUGCUCUUUCCUACUUCCCGGGAGGUUCUGCUGGCUUGAAAUUUCUGUCUUCUACUCUAACCUCCUCAAUACUAAGAUGUUUUGGAAGGUAAUAAUAACCCUCUAGAUAGCCCUUUUAAACUUACAGUUCACAUGGCUUUUGAGGAUGCUGAUUGCUUUCAUACUAGGAUACCAAUUUAUUGUGUAAUUUAUGGCUGAGGUGGGUGAAUGACCCAUUAGUAUUACUUUGGUUAUUAUUUUUGUUUUUAAUUAAUUUACAAUAUCUGCUAA